AUAAUCUAUGUCAUCAUGUAAUCCAAUGUUUUUCUUUCUUUUAAUUAUUUAUUAUUUAUAUUUAUUUUGAAUAAAAAUAUGUAUACUAUCGUGUAUUGUUAAUCGUACAGUAACCGGAGUCUUCAAGCAAUGGCUACAAGGAUGUCAUCACCCGAACAUGUGUCGCGGGUUCGCCGGCUCUACAAAUUGAUCUUCCGGGUUCACCGGGGCUUGCCGCCCGAACUCCGUGUCCUGGGAGACAACUACGCCAGGGACGAGUUCAAGCGACACAAAAAAUGUAAUAAGGACGAGGCUAAGAUUUUUCUCAACGAAUGGACGGACUACGCCAUUAACCUUGCCAAGCAGAUGAAGCCGCUGCACCAAGCCAAGAACAAAAUGGUCGGUGAGUACUUAGAUCCGAGCCUUCUAGACCACAUGAGCGAUGAACAGAUUGUUCAGUUGUACGAACUCCAUAAGGCGGCGUCAUCGGAGCCUGAUAAGGAGUCAUCGGAAUCUAGUUUCCAUGGCGACGGCGCGCAGCAUGUGCCGUCGCGUUGAAGGCUCUGCUUCGUUUCCCGUACAACUCACGAUCCAACGCGCUGCAACAACCCAGCGCUGGCGACGCUUCAAAGGUCUCGCCUUUAAGUUUUCACCGUUUUUUUUGUUACUAUGGCGGAUUUAAUUUCAAAAAACAUUUUUUUUUAAUCAUUUCUUUUUAAGCUGUCUUCGGGCACAUUUAGUUAUGUAGUUUCAACUAAGUUCUAAGGUCAAUCCUAUAAAAAUGACCGUCUAUUUCUAUCUUUAACAUGGGUUUCUAUUUUACAUUUCGCCGAUACUGUAAGAUGUAAUAUAAACUGUAAAAUAACGUAACUUUGAUAUUUAUGCGUACCCUCCCGAGAAUGUUGUCAAGACUGAACCUGUUUUCUGACUGAAAAUUUCUUUAACUAGUCCGUUUAGGCUUUUCCUAGCUAUUCGUAUACGCCUCUUAGGCAUCCCCCAAUAUUUUGCAGUUUGUAUUUAAGAAAACUUAAACAAAGGCUGGUCAGAAUGCAGGUUUAAGUAUUAUUAUUACGUAAAAUCCUGUGCAGUGAGAAAAUAGUUAUCGAGUAGUUUUUACGACUUCUUCUCUACUUUUUUACUUCUCAUAUAGUUAUUUUUUAAAUAUUUUCUUGUAUUUUUUAACUGUCUAUAUUUACGAGUACUUUCGGAACAAUCGCUAACUGUAUUUACGAUGUAAAGCAACAUUCAGGUAUCAUUAAUUACAUAAAUGAAUGAAGGAGUUUCUGAAAACCCAUCUAUACAGAGUAACAUUCAUGUUUUAUUUCGAACCCGUGUACCUUACGUAAAUAUAGGCCAGUUUCUUUUUUUAUAUAUUUACUAUUACUAUUACGUCAUUAGAUAGACUUUAAACAAUUCAGUAAUAUUUUUGUAUUUCGGUAUCAUUCAAAAGGUGUCUGCAACAUUAGCCAACUGUUUAACAGUCUUAUUUCUUGAACCAAAGGAUUUUUUUACCGUUCAUUUGAUGAACUGAAAACUAUUUUGUCUCAUAUAAUUCCCACGGAGCGUCGAUAUAAAUCUAAUGUUCGAAUCUUAGGAGCAUUGCAAUUUUGUUGAAAAGUACGCCGAUAGGAAAGAAAUGUUCCUAAAUGGGAAACCGUACAUCCUAUAUAGGAAAACGCUUUCCUGUCUCGUAGGAAAAACGAUGUCCUAUUAGAAAGCGUAAAGCUAAAAGACUAAACCGAUAAGUCUUUAGAGAUUCAGGGGUAAAUUAACACAACGAAUCUUGCACGUUCGUUGCAACAAAUGAGACUUGGACUAGCCGGGUUGUCAUUCAAAACUGUAGGGUAGCUUCCACUGCGCAGAUGUUAAAACACUGGUAGUGGAAUCACAGAAUAGAACACAGAAUGUCGACUGGAAACAGGGCGGACAAAAAUACUGUCAGCCCCGGCGUUACGGUCGGCCGAAGAUUUCUUUAUCUGUUCUGUGGUGAUUUUUUAGAGACUUAAUGACUACUAGCCAUCAUGUACCUUAUAAGGUGUCUUGGGAGUGAUCUACCGGACACCUGGGAUCAUCGUCAGAUUUACACGACAGCAGCUAAUUUUAUUUUAUUUAAGCAGUAACUUAAAUAUAUUCACUUAUAAUGUAUAAUGCGUGGUCUUUGUCCCCGUGGUAUCCUGAAAGCGUAACACUGUGAUUUCAGAAUUUCCGACAACACGUUACCAAUGUGUAUUAUAAAGGCGAUGGUUGCCGAUGUUACUUAAGCUGAUAAAAUCGUGUGGUUUACUCAUCUCCCUUAGACAUUAAAAUCCCUUUUAGAAUUUGUUUACUUUCAGACCUUAAUAAAUGCACUCUGUAGCGGAACUGAAACUUUUUAAUUUUAUUAUUUGACAUUGUCUAUUUCAAUAUAAUAUCUCUAAACAGUUGUUAGGCCCACCAGCGAAAAGUACCUAUCUAGAUUAGGAAUACACCAUAAAGUAUAUAUUUAUCGUAAUUAUCCAUUUAGCAAAGACAUAUACAUAUAUUUGAGAUUAUUACAAGUGCUACUACCGUACCUUCUUAAAAUAGUGAAUCAUAAUAUAUACUUUUGAGUAUUGACAGAACGUGUCAAUAUCAAUCGUACAGCAGUGCCUUUUAAUAUAGGCCUAGGAAAUCGUUGACUAAUUGAUAAUAAUAAUAAUAUGUAUUAUUUUGUACAAAACAUAUAUUAUUGAACAGUUAUUAAAUACAGAUGUUUAAAUAAAAAUUCGGUCUUGUAAAUAAACUUGUACAGUAUUAGUUUAUAACCCAAACAGCGCGACAGUACAUAUAUUCCGUAUUUACUUCGACUUAAGAAUUAAUCAUGUUAUAAUAUAUUCAUUCUGUAUGAUAAAAAAAAACCUUAUAUAUUUUUAUAUUGAUAUGAUUAUAAUAGUAGAUUUUGUAUAAAUAAUCAGCAGAACAGUAACAUUCAGUAGUGAAAACCGAAAUCAGCACUCUAUAUUUAUAGUAUGUACAUAUUAUUUUAGACCACUUGUAAAGAUUAAUAAAUAGCCUAAUAGUAUUUACUUAUAUGAAGAUAACUUUUAUGUAAAAACACCUGUAAAGUAAAAUUGCAUAUAAAAAUCAGUACUAAAAUAUUAGCAAUAUAUUAUUAAUUAUAAACGAUAUGUAUCCGCGUAAAUAGAUUUAUUUGUAAAUUAUUAUCAGCCUAAAUUACUUAGUAAAUAAACUCGCAUAACAACUGUUUAAAGGCAUUUCCUAAAAAGUUUUCAAUAGCUCUCUUAAAUAGAUGGCCGCUAUCUUGAAAACAAAUUAAAAAUAAUAAUAGUAUCUCCCAUAAAAAUAACGUUCAAGUAAACCACCAAACAGCUCCAAAGGUAUACCAUCUUCCUCAUCACUUCAUCUCACUGUUACGAAAAUAUCAAAACAGUUCAAUCGUAUACGAUCUGACGAGAGCCACACAAAGGCCUGCAUUCACGUUUUACAUCUAGUUUUAGCUGCUAUUACAUCUAGACUAGAAGAUUCUAGAAUAGCGUACAGCAUUAUGCUGUCGAUUCUUAGAGAUCUCAUUAAGUCUUCGUGUACAUUACCAUUCGAUUUUCAUCAUAUGUCUAUAACGUCUGCAGUGCAGUAUUGUAGGCAUUAAGUGAAAACUUAAAGCCGAAAACUCACUAGCAGUUUCGGACGGUAUGGUGAUUUCGGCGGGGUUCUACGUGCACUUCUUUGAUUCUUCACGAGUCAUUGAUGUACCCAGUGAACUAUAAGUGGUUAGUCAGACGGUGAUCUUUUUAACGAGUGUGAUUCGCGUGCGGAUCAUACGUUGACCUGUGGUACGACUGUUGAGUCGUGUCUGAGUAAGAGGUCGGAGAAGACGGAUUGCACCUUAACCCAAGCAUUUGGGUUGAGGUUACAGGAAGAUUCAAUACCACCAGCAAAGUACCUAUUAUAUGUAGCAGUAUUUAAUAUCGCAUAGAUAUUAAAUACUGAACCAGAGUCCUCUCGUAAAUUAGACGACUUUGGCGAUUUUUUCGUAUUUUUUCGAAGUUUAUUAGUUAAUGCCUUUACAAAGGGUGUUUUCUAAUGUUCGAAUAAAUUUCAAAUUCCGAUGUAUCUCUUUGCACAUAUAAAACAUUUCGUUCAUUAAUACCGUAAUACUAUUUGGAUUCUUGUAAUUUUGAAUAAUCAUAAUUUCUUCUGUAUCGCUCAUUCACAAGUAUGAUACAUCAUAGCGCACACAUGUAUCAUAUUUGUUUCUGAUGUUAUAUUUUAUGUGCAAAGUAUCGAAUACGCACCUUAGAUUUGAACUAAAAUAUAUUUCGACGCUCCGAUUUCUUAGUUUUAAGCUGUGUGGUCUAUUCAAAGACAUUAAAUAUCCACUUUCAGUGUUAAAUGUACUACAUAUUAAUCUACAUACGUGCGCAAUUAGAUGUACCUAGUUAGGUGGGAUAUGUAAUUCGAUAACAUUUAACUGUAGUUUUAAACUAUAUUGUGGUUAGAAUGCAACCUUCGUAAUUCGCUCAUAUAAUAGAAACAUUCAAUACUCAACGUACCUACUAUAUACUAUACGUGCCAUCGAAAAAUAAACGAGUCAGUGAAAGUAAGUAUACACAUUCGGCCUUUUGUAACAGACCGAUCGAAACGGUAAGGAUGUUAUUAAGAGAUGCGGAGUAAUGACGGCAUUGAUGACGUAUUGUAUACGUAUAUGGUUUAAUUUUUUUUUUCAAUCGUGAACUAUUCCUUCUCCCCUCAUAUUGUAAAGAUUACGAAAUUUUGUUAGUACUCAUUGAUAUAAAUAGUUCCGGAAUCUCCCCUUUGUUUAACAGUGUUGGUGUUAACUGUUGAGAGUUUGUUACAACGUUACGUUACGUUUUUUUUUUUUUUUUACGAAAAUGACGUGUUGCCUUGUAUUCGUUGAUAUUGUAAAUGUUUAUAUCUUCCACCACCAAGAAUUCACACAGUCAGUCUUGACCAGCAGUCGGCACCGCAAACUGAAACACUAAAGGCGUACAAAUGUUUAAAUUUAAAUUUCUUCUCCUUCUGUACCUCCCGUGCGGUUCGAAUGGUAAAAACGAUUUUCUAAUAUUAAAAACACAUUCGGGAUUCCACGCUCCGUCAGUGAACACAUACAUAAAAUCAUCGCGCGUUCAUUGUGAUUCUUACACGACAUGCAGUAGACUGUAAACUUAGAAUAAGCGUUAAAGUUUCAAAAUUCUAUCGUAAGUGUUGUAUAGUGUUUAAUGCUUAAUAGAUGCUGCUAUACUCUUACUUAUUUGCGAUUUAUUAGUUAAGGAACGUAGAACCUAUGUCUGUUUCGGGUUAGAUGUAAUUGUUAGACUACGGUGGCGUCGUCCGGGAAAAUUUAUUUGUAAGGAAAUUUCAGGUAAAAUUUUAACGUAAGCUUAAUUCUUAUAACUUUGUUUCUAUACUAUUAACAGUGAGUUAAUUUAACCUUGCUAAUUUAAACACACACAUUAACUAUAAAUUCGAAAUUUCAUACGGAUAAGCACAAAUCGAGAACAUUUUAGAUUUGUUAAAAAAGUAUCAAGUUGUCCUGUGAGUCUCAAGUUGUUCGGUGAUUGCUUAGUCUCUACACAUCAAUGAUCACUUGAUACUAGAAACGCCGUACGGUCAUCUACCAAUUUACAGAAAUAAGAGAACAUAUUUAAAAAAAAAGUUGAUCUUUUUAAAGAAAAUAACCGUUAUUACCAUGUAAAAUUAAGUUUAAAUCACAAAAUUUUAACGUACACUCUAUGAUUCAGACCACAAAAUAAACGCCAACCAUUAAUAACGAACGUCAUAGGAAACUCACAACUGUGGUCCUUGAUCACGUAUAUUUGAUUAAUACAGAUCUGUAUGCAAUAUUAAAGUACUGACAACAAAUACCAAGACGUGCGAGUUAGAAAUUAGCUCACUGUGUAAUUAAUAUCUUAUACGGCACGCUUUUUUGUGGUGCAAAACAAACUGCACCUUUCUCGUCUGAUAUAGCAAUAAUAAUCGUAAGUGUUCGAUCGUUAAAAUUAUUGAAGUAGCAUUGUGGGUGUGAGAAUUGGGAUUCAACAUAUUCAUAGAAAAUCAAAUAAUAAAAUUGAAGUCAUCCAAAUCAAUUCUCAUUAAAUUAAAGGAAUUCAGUUAUCAACAGGCAAUGCGCCGUCGUGAACGGUAUCUACAAAUUAUUUGGAAUCUUAUCCGCAGAUGUAAUGAGACUCGUUUGAUUGUUUCGUAGUCGCCUACGUGUAGGAGAAAAUAUAUAUGACUAAUUAUUUCCUAAUUAGAUUGGAACCUUUGGAAAAAUGCUCUCUAAUCAAACUGAGAAAUUGGAUGAAUACGUUAUUCAUUUGACUAUUUCUAUUAAAAUUCACUGAACGAAUUGAACACAUUUCGCAAUAGUGUAGGACGUCCGAUUGCGACUUUAAAGAUAAAUCACUAUUUAUAUUUUCUUUUGGAUAUUAUGAAUUAUAAAGUCUAAGUCAAGUCGUGUUUUUAGUUCGCGUUCAAGCAAAACCGACGUGGUAUUUGUGAGAGAGAUACUCGUUACUACUAUCUAAAUAAAUGAAUGUUUAAACAUCUAAUAUUGCUGUGUAUAUGGUUCGCAAGGGAUUGUUUCUAUCCGGACCGAAGUACCAGUUUAUUUCUGAUCUUCUUUUAAAGUAUCUGUGGGUAGUCGUGUUACAAAAUACUUAAAGACAUCUUCAACCACAACUAUGUUACAAUAUAGAUGAAAAAUUAUAUUGUUUUCUUUUUUGACUUUCAAUAUUGUAUUCAUCCCUGGGUACUAUUUUGUUUUUAUAAUUAUUAUAAUUUAUAUUGGAACAUAGAUGUGGCAUAAAAAAAAGACCUAUCAAUUUAGUCUGGACAUGGCAACCUACACAUGUUUUAAAAUGGUCAAAAUGGUAACCAUAUUUAACAUCUCAGAAAUAAUACUGACAGUGAGUAAUAUUCGACAGUGGGUUUAGUUGUAGGAGCGGGUUGUCUGGUACCAUAACUUUCUCUGAAUUUCGAUGCGCUUGGAAAACAAUAUUUGAUACGAAGAUGAAUAUGAUUAAAAAAUCAUAGUACUAUUUACGCAUCUAAAUUAAGAGGAACAUGCAUUUCUUUUUCAUGUUAUUCAAACUACGAAAUAUUUUUUUUUUAGAUUGAAUAAUAGAAAAAGUAUCUCUUUGCAAUUUUGAGGUUUGAAAAAGGUUUAAUGUUUGAGGGGUAUUAUUGUUUUAGCGCGAUCUAAAAUCACAUGAGUUGACUUUCUUUUUAUAAAAUCAAUGCAAUUUCUCAGUACCAAAAAAGAUAGAUUUAUCACUGGUGUCUUUUUUUUGUUAACAUUCAAAUAAUCAAAAGUCUUAAUCAAAUAAAACGAUUCGGCCUAAUAAAUAUUUUUAGUCACCAUUUAUUUAUACAUAUUCAUUUAGCAUCUUUUACCGAUAUUGGUUGAAAUAGAUCAUCGUUCGUAUAUCUCAUUUCGAAAAACAUUUGACCAAAGGUUGCUUUCUAAUUAUUUUGUUGGUAAAGCUUAAGAUCAGUUCUGUCAUACGACUCGUAUCGUUAUGACAUGACUCACUCUCGUGGUAUUGAAAAUGAGGUCCGAUUUACGAGAGAAACACUUAUUCGUCAGAAAAGAAUUCGUCAAAAACCUUGAUACUAGAACGCUCUCCAAACACGAUAGAGAUGUAGAACUUAAAUUGUCUCCUGAAUAACAAGUAGUGGCAACCGUCGAGAUUUUCGAUCGAGUCUUGCUCAGAUCUUAUUAUUCGUGCUGUCCAGUAAAGAGAUUCACUUGCGUCAUCCAACUCGCACUUUGGAACAGUGUUACUUCUUAUUCAGCAAUAAUUUGGUUAGCUUUUUAUUCCUAAGCGUAGAUCUUAGAUCUAGAUUUCAUAUAGUUCGGAAACACUAUUAUUAUGUACGUUUACUUCUUUAGGAAUAGAUUUUUCGUAAUUUGGCAAUACUAUAUAGCUUAACUACCCACUUCUCGAUGGAUCUUGAUAUAGCUUGUCUCCGCAUCGAUGUGUUUUAGUAAUAUAUUUUUUUCAUAAUUGUUAGAUUUAGCCGUUUAUGAAGUUAAUAUAUGUAAAUGAAUAGAAGUUUCAUUUACUUGAGAUAGGUCAUAUUACCAACUAAAUGACAGGAUGUUAUGCGGAAACUUCGUUGGAAUAAAAAUAAGGAUAACCCGUUUAUGUAGGCGUGGUAGAUGUCGCAUUAAUUUUUAAGAAUGUUGUUAUUUCUAUUAGAUGAUUGAAUGUCUUGUUACUUCUAUUAAAUACUUUAUUCCAUUGUUACAUAUUAGUUACGUUUCCCGAUGCGUUUAAAUAUAAGAAAAAAAAAAUACGCGAGUUAAUUGACUUGUUAUUUCGAAAUCAGUUAAAUUUGUCGUUGAAAUUAUUAGAUUCCUUCACGUUGGGAAAUUGUACGGUUAUUCCGUUUUGGAUGUUCGUGUUUGUUGGCAGUGUUCAAUAUAUUUGUUUCUACUUAAAUUGAUACGGGACUUAGUUAACUGUUGUGGAGUCGUGUUGUAGUUGUGUUUAUUGUUGUGCGAUCGUUAACGGAACAAAACCGGGCGUGUCCCUAUUCAAAGAUAUAUUUUUCUACUGUCGCGUUUAACUAUAAAUUUUAAUUUGGUCGUUCAUAAUAAUCACGGUGUUUCGAUAGCAGUAGGCAGCGGCUUGGCUCUGCUCCUGGCAUUGCUGAAGUCCAUGGGCGACGGUAACCACUUACCAUCAGGUGGGCCGUACGCUCGUCUGCCUACAUGUGCCAUAAAAAAAAUUAUUGAUGUUGUCUUGGAGCAGUUGAUCGUUGUUAUAAGUGGAUACGUCUAGUUUUGUUCUAACCGAUCGAUCUAGUUACGUUGUGAAUGAAAUUUUAAACGAUCGUUAGUUGUUAAUGAACAUUGUUAUCGACGUUGUCAGGUUUAUGCGCCGUAAUAAAUUUAAGUUAUAUAAGUUUUAGGAUAAGCGUUGUAUAUAUUCCGAUGGUCGUCAUACCAAUCGGCAACGAGCAUACAUGCAAUAAAUAGUUAAAGAUUUGAUGCGUGUACUAUGGAUGCCCAUAGUGCUACUUAAUUUAAGAAACUUAUUUAGAAUAGCCUGAAGCUAGAUGUGCUGUAUGAAAAACUCUAAAGUUACGGUUACAUUGUUCGUGUAGUUAAUGAACAAUUUUACUAAUACUAAUAUUCAACAGGCUAAAGACAUGAUAUCACCGUGGAAUACAUUUAAUCCAAUUUCUCGAGUUAUGACCAUUUUGCAGCUGAAAUAUCUGGUUGCUUAUUUUGCGAAAUUAUUGUCAAGAUCCUAUCUAUUCCAUCGAAAAUAUUGAAAUCGAACAUACUGCCAGACUUUAGGCUUUCAUACAGCAUAUUGUAAUUGUUUAGAUAAUUGAGUGUUGUUAGCCUUUAAGAACUCUUACCUCACUAGUUAUGGUUUUAAAUAAGAAAAGAUCAUAAUUAUAUGAAACUACUUACCUAGCAUGGAUACUUACUUCCAAUUUAACGCGUAAGUUAAGCUUUGAUGAACACCACUAUUUAGGUUAAAAAUAACUCCCAUUAAAAUCAUCAAAAUCUUAUUAUGGUCUUUAACGUAUAAGUACAAUCAAAUUAUUUUUCAUUCGAAUAUCAAGUGUCUUCCCAGAGAAAUAUCUCUCGAUUAUUGCGGAAUAUAUUUUUAAAUCUCUCUUCAAUCGUUUUAGUUACACGUGUAGUAUUUCAUUACGGGUCCCCUUCUAAUUAAUCGAAAUUACUUAUUCCUAAUAACAGUACGAACUGGUGGUAGGGUGUCUUGUAAGCCCGCGCGGGUAGGUACCACCAUCCUGCUCGUUUUGCCGGACGCAGUAACGCUUUCCGGCAAAAAGAGUAGGACAGCCGUUAGACUAUACAACCGAGACUUAGACCUCAUGUCUCGAGCUGGGUGGCGGCAUUCACGUAGUGAUGUCCACGAGCUCCGCUAAAGCACUUAACAUCAGGCGCGUUGUGAGCUCGUUCCCCCAUUAACGCAAUAAAAAAGGGAUUUUCUAUGAACCACAUCACACGAUUUCUCAAUUCAAAUUGAUUAAUUGUCUUAUAUGUUAGUUAACCUUUUGACGUUCUUCCUCUUAUACUUAAGUGUGUUCAAGUUGACGGGAUAAGACAGUCCCUUCAAAUUGCCUUCUAUUAAUACCUCAUGAAGAGAUAUAUAAAGAGAUCUAUUUAACGUUAUAAAAAAUAUCCAACGGGAUGACAUUAACACCUCUGCAGUAGUUGGCGAUAAUUAAAGAUUUAUAUUGACGUAAUUUUAUGAUAUCUGUAUUUAUAACAUCAACGAUGCAGAUAACGAGAUAAAAGCUUUCACAUCCGUUUAAAAUUUGGCGUUCAUUUGGUUAACUGACUUUUGAGUAUUAAUUGUGUAAACGAUCAUCACAAUUUUUUACCUAUUGGAUUAUUAUUUUUUAACUAAUUAAAACUAAACUUUUGGUAAGCUAAGUUCAUGAUAAUUAUACUUUAACGUAACCUGAGCACCUCAUAAUUAUUUUUAAUUUCAAUUAGUACUAGUAUAGGAUAAUUAGAUUUAUAAUUUGCAUAAUCCCGGUGGCGACUACGCCAUUCGGUUACGAGCAUACACGCAAUAAUAGUUAAAAAAUACAUUCCCAUGAGCUGCGAUCAUCGCAGUCCCAUGGUUGAUUCUUAUUUGGCUUUAGAUUUAAUCGAUGUGUUAGAAGUUAUUAAUUGUUAAGUGUAAGACGAGAUUCGUUUUAGGAUUGAUUUUCUGUGAUAUAGCUUUCUAUUUUACAAUCUAGAAUUUUUAUUAUCUUCGGUGAAUUAACUUUCUUUUAUAUAAUUCGUUUAGGGUGUUCAUUUUGUGUAUCGCAUUUUCAUUAAAGUUUAGAGUUAAUUUGAGAACAUUUACUUUUGGAGGCAGGCGCGUUCUUAGUUCAACUUUCGUGGUAUCCAAUAGUUUAAAUCUUGAAUUCUUAAUUUCAUUUUCAAUUCAUAUAAAUUUAUAGAAAUAGUCCCCGUAUGAUUGGUCUGAUUUUAUCGUCUCACACUUUAAUAUAUAGUUUAGGGAAGUAAAUGCGUCGGUAGAUGUUGGUUUAUUGCUAUGUAUUAUAUGUUGUCGAAAGAAUAAUGCUGCCUUUUAUAUGAGACUAUGUUAGAAAUACACGUAAGAGUCUAUUGAUAUAUAUAUUAUAUAAUAAAAGAUAUAUACGAUUUCACCGUGAUGCCACUACCGCGACACAGCCUCCUUAGAUAUUAAGUAAAUGUCUAAAAUUAAAUUGAUGUUGUAACGUGUGUCUUGAUGUGUCUUGUAGUAUAUAGGUUAGAUUUGUGUCGCAGUGUAACCAUUAGUUAUUAAGUUAAUAGUUGGGCCUAUAGAUGGGAAAAUCGCGAUCGAUGUCACCAUCAUCUUUGGAUGUUCUAAAUUUUAUAUAAUGUAGAUGUUUAAUUAGUUUUUGGGAUGUUUUUUUUUUGUUGGUCAUACUUCGGAAACGGGGUUCUAGUUGAAUUUCCAAAGUUUACAGUUUCAUGGCACUACUAGAUUUCGUAGGUGUUUUAAUAUUAGAAUGAAUAACGUGACUAUAUGAUCUUUCCGCGUUUAAUAUCUAUUCUGUAGAGCUUGACUUGUUUGUUGUUACCAUUGUGGGCAGACGAGCACACGGCCUACCUGAUGGUAAAUGGUUACCUUCGUUCAUCGACAUCAGCACUGCCAUUAGUAAAGCUAAGCCGCUCGCUGCCCAUUGAAAUUUACGCGUUACCAAUCUACAAUCAUCACGAAUGAGUGCAUAAUAAUAUAUAAUAAUAUAAACUUUCGUUCCGCCUUUCGCCUCAACAACAACUUUUACUGUUUCAUAAUAAAAUGCAUAAUAUAUUUUUUUUUAUUAUAUUAUUAUCAUCAUUUUACUACGCGCAUCACAAAUUAUUAGGUUAGUUUAUGUAUUAGAUGUUGGAAGUAGAAAACUUUGUAUAUAUCCGAUGGUGGAGCAAACCAUUCGGCCAACGAGCAUGUAUGCAAUAAAUAGCUUAGUUUAACAUUAUUAUGUGCUAUGGUUACCCAUAGUGCAGCUUAGGGUUACUUUUUACUGUGUUUAAUAUAAAUUGACGACAAGUCGAGUUAUUGAUAUAAGUUAGUGUGUUAGUUAAUUUCUCUUCUCUAACGUAGGACUGCGUGACGACACCUCCGAUAGGGAUACGAUAUUACCGUGUUUCUAUUCAAAGUCGGAUUUGAAGAAUUUGCAUUAGAAACAGUAUGUUAUAUUGUCCCUAAAUUACUACUUUUCCAGUAUCCCUUUGUCACAUGUGACUGCUUUCCGCGCACUAAAUAUAAUCUCUUUCGUAAUGUGUAAUUCGUUGUUGUCAUCCACACAUCUAAGCUGGACGUAUUCUCGUCACAUCCGACCUGGUGGCGUUCGAAAUUAUUUAACAUAAAAUUAAAAAGACAUACAUCACGCCGUUUCGUCUUCACGUCCCGUCCUACGUUAUUGAACAGAAUAUGAAUGUCAGACGCAGCAUAAUAUAAGGUUAUUCGUAUCACAUAAGUACCUCAGAAAUAUAAUAAGCCGAAAAAUGAUAUACCUCAAACCGCGUCACAACCUCAUUAGUUGUAAUUUUUAGGCUUGAUAAGUGUUUUAAUAUAGUAAGGUGGUUGGUUAGUUUUGCCAUUAAUUAAAUCACCGAAGUGCUAUGUGCAUGCAGGAUAUCUAAUUUUGCAUCAAUCCUCAAUGUGGCCUGAGAAACUAUUUAUUUAUUUAUUUGUUUAUUAAGUAGUGAAUUUUUUUAUUUAUUUAAAGAGGAACUGGUAAUUAUGUUUAGUUAUUAUAUUUAAAUGUUACCAAAUUUUUCAACAAUUUCUCCCCUUACAAUUAGUUUUAAAACCCUAGUGUAAUUUGUAGUAUAUAAGCUAUAAUAUAUAAAAAUGCAGAUGAGAGAAAAAUAGAUAAGUAAAAUCGUGUACGUAAUCUAAAUAAAAAGUUAAAAAUUCAGAAAAGCAAAAAAAAAUAUAUAAAAAAUCGUAAAAACAAAAAAAAAAUAUAGAUUUAAUUUGGUAGUUUUAACAAGAGUCCUGUUAUUGAGGCAUCCGUAUCUUGAGUUCUGCAAGACUUUAUUCUAACCAUAUGAUAGCCAAUUAAGCUUGGGAUCGCUUUGACAUUUGCUGUAUGCGUUUAGGACGGUAGACAAAUCAAUAAUAUACUCAAUUAAUUCAGCACAACCUGAUUAAUGUUUUCCACAAAAUAUACUUCAUGUUGCUUGCUCAAGGUACCUCAGUGCGAAUGCCUCAGUAACAGAAAUUCUUUUGGGUAGUUUCGUUAGUAAAAUUUCGCAGUUUCAUCGAAAUGUGAGAUUGCAACGCACGGAAGUAAGGCAAAUAGCUUUUAGUAUACCCAUAUACGUUUAAAAUUUAUUUUUACUAUAAAAUAAAAAGAAUAAAUAAAAAAAAAAUUUAAAAGAAUAUAAAGUAAAAAAAAAUCUAAAUAAUAUUACUAAAAGAAAAGAAAAAAUAUUAAAAUAAAAUAAAGUAAAAAAAAAAAACAAAAAAGAAAAAAAUGUUAAAAAAAAGUAGUUUUAGUAUGUUUAGUACUUAGUGUUUAGUAGUAGUGUUUGAUGUUGAUGUCAUUAACUUAAGAACUUAACUUGUUAGGGAGCAUCGUAUACAAAGAGAAACAUCCAAUCCAAUAAUGACUAUAGUCUUUUUUGUUGUAAAAACACCCAGAUAUCGUUUCGACGGCCGAAUAUUUCACAAUGGCCGGUACUUUUGCCCACCAAUGCUUCCUUACAAGUAGUUCUAGUGAUAAUUUCGCAAAUUAUGUCGUAAUAUAACAUAGUUCAUAGUGAUUGGUCUUAUCGAUAAGAAGCGGGAUAUAAAAAAAAAGAAGUAAAGAAGUACUCUAUUAGUUGUUAAGCGGGCAAAAUUUAUUUUAGUAAUAAUAGUAAAUUAAAAGCGAAAAAAAAAUAAAAAUUAAAAGGAAACGCGAAAAAAAAUUAAAAAGGGAAAAAAUUAAAAAAAAAUUAUAAAGGGAAAAAUAAAAAAAAAAUUAUAAAGGGAAAAAUUAAAAAAAAAAAUUAGAUUUAAAAAUAGUCGAUAGGUUUCGGUAACUCUGUCGCGAGACAUCUGUUAGUGGGGCGUGUAAAGAGAGAGAUACAAUUAAUUUCAACUAAACUUUCAAUAUAGUCUAUAGUCGUCUGUUGUUACUACAACUGUAAAAUAGGAAUUUGGCAAGUAAUUAAUAAAGGGUAAGAAACAUUUCUAAUUAAUAUAAUUGUGCCUCACUAAGAGAGGUUCUUGAGAUAGUUCGGUAAUUAUAUUUGAAGAUAAACAGAAGAAGCAGUUAAAUGUCAUUUCGUCGUAUAAUCUUAAGAAUAUAGUAAGUGGGCUAAACGGAGCAUUCUGAACAAUUUAUGACAGAUUCGUACAUAAUGAUUUCAUCAUGUUUUUUUAUUAUUUAAUUAAUGACGGAAAAAAUUGCAUAAAAACAAAAAAAUAUAUAGUUAUAAGCUGUUUUGAAGUUACGUGUCGCGUUUAGAAUUAAUUGUACUUCAGGAAGUCUAGUUUGUACUUAAGAAUGGCAAAAUAAUAUGUAAAUUAGUAUAUAAAAAAAAACAAAAAAAUAAAAAAAAAAUUAAAAAUAAAAACGAUAAAAAAAACAUUAAAAUUAAAAAUGAAAACAAUAAAAAAAAACAUUAAAAUUAACAAAAAACGAAAAAAAAAACAGCUUAGGGAUAAUUUAAUGCAUAGCUUUUGAUUUUAUUUAAGUAAGAUCCGUGAGGCCUUUAAGUAAAUAGUUGAAAAUAACCUCUUUUAGAUCAAAUCGACCUAAUGAAGAAUUCGAAAUCGUUCACAUUAAUAUGAAAAACACACAUUUUUCAAAUACCCUCAGGCUUGCGGCUGGACUCUUGUAUUUUUAUUAUCACCUGUGUGGUUCCCGGGUAAGAAUAGGACCACUCCAUCUCAUCCCGUGGAUGUCGUAAGAGGCGACUAAGGGAAUAAAUGUUAAUGAGCAUCUAAGUCAGGUGGGAGGAUCCUUGAGUGCUGGGUCCGAGUAGUUCAGUACCACCGUCUUACUCUUGUAUUGCGACACACAAUCUUGUGUUCUCGCAGGUAAUAUAAGGUAAGAUAUCUACUAAACGACGUGCACUCGAGGUAUUAAAACUUUUACCUCAAAGGGCGAUGCGUCUGUCUUCAUUUCAUUAUGAUGUUUUUUUUUUAUUUAAUUUUUUAAAGACGCAUUCUAGAACAUAACGAUCUGUUCUACGCACGCCACCGAUUUUUUAUGUUUGUUGUUUGUUUUACGGGGGAUUACGAGUGUUCAGAAGAAGAAUAAAUCUCCUUCUGUGGGAACGGGGGACGGUUAGAAAGGUGGAUGGUUUCUAGUUUAGUUGCGGGCCUGAGUUUUACUUCUGUCUAUAUGUUCAAUUGUGUUUUGAUUUUUGGUCUAUUCGAUUUAUUGUUAAGAUUUAAUAUAAGAUUUAAGACACAUAAAAUAUAAAAAAAGCAUAAAAUAGAUGAAAUUAUUAUCCAUAUUCCAUAAAAUUGCAAUUAACAUCAGUUGCGAAAACAUCUUAAGGAGUUACUUUUUCUUUUUCUGUAUGUUGUAAGGUUCUACGUGUAAGACUAGUUUAUAAGGUACUUUCGGCUUUUCUACCUCAUAAUGAUAAGUAAAUUAUAAAAUUAAUGAUAAUCACUGCCUCGUUCACGGCCCUUACGUUUUAGUCGGUUUCGGAUUUUGAAGGACAUACACCCGUUAUUUUAAGAUCGGAUAGAGAUAUUAGCAAUUAGAUUAACGAACCGAAUACCUCAAAUUUUGCUUGCACUAGUGAUACAGAUUAGAGGUAGAUAACCGUCGAAGUAAGGUGUAGCGAUAAGCGUUUGUUGUGUGUUGUAUGUUGGUUCUGGUAUCGGAAAUGUUAAUAUGGCGCAUAGACUUAAGUGUUAAAAUUGUUAAAAUGUUGGUAUAUAACGUUGUUGACAGAUGAGUGUUUUCGAAUCGUUGGCUACGCGCUGUUCCUUCAAUAAUCUCUUUUCUAACUGAUGUCUUCGAUGGUUAUUCCUCAUUCGUUUCUAAAUUAAAAAUUGAAAAAAAAAAACAAAAAAUUCCCUUAAUCCGUUGAUACUUGUUAAGUUUGUGCGCGUGCCAUAGAUUCCUUAUCUCCGGUAAUUAUGUUAAAGUUGUAGUAGCAUCGCUAUACCCGACCGCGCUGUCCGAUGCAUCUGAAGUGUUUCGGGCUUUAAGCGGAUUUAAAGUUCGAAACAGGUCGUUAUAUCGCGAUCGGUCCGGUAUGUAUGCUAACGUGUCACGCACUGUGUCAGGUUGUGGAGUGUCGGGUGAACUUUUCUGGAGUUUUAAUAGUUUAAUACGGAUCCAUUUUAAUAGCACUCCUGAUUCGAAGUCAAUUUGUAUGUAUUUUCUUUAACUAGACUAUCGAAUAUAAUCGUUUUUUUUAAAAAGAUAUUUGUCGGUUUUCUUGACCUCAUUAACUUCAAUAUCGUCAUCACCGAAAACUUUAGACUCCGUUAGACUUCAGCGCUCCGAUUAUGUUCUCACUAAAUGACGUGGCACAGUGAGUGUUAAUCUGUUAUACGGUAAUCGUUUUUGAUUGAUUUAACAUACACCGUUUGAAAUCCACGAAAUAAGGUUUUCUUGUAAUUCUAGUUUAAUAGUUUCCACUCCUGCAUCCGAUUUAUAUGUACUUACGUUAGUUAGUUUUGUGACAUUUCAUUCAGGUGAUCUUCAAUCCUGUUUCAAUUAACCAAUUCGUUCUCGAUAAUGCCGUCAUUACUUUACGUAUCUUAAUUUCAACCCAUAAAUAAUAUGGGUGAAGUGCAUUUGGCGGAGGAAGUUAAGCUUCCGAAUGUUGUCAUCUUGGUAUUGUCGUAAUCUGAGACGAUGCAGAAGUUCGAUAUGCAAAUGAGCGACGGAGAGAGUUGAAUAAGCUCGACCGGACCGGCACCUCCGUUACGAUAAAGAUAUUACUGCCGGUUGGAUGCGGUGAUAGUAUACCAUCUUAAAUGGCCGGAAUUGUUGGUCUGUCUGUUCUUAUCACGGCCCGUGAAUGUUGUACCUGGGACGUUAAAUCUUGAACGGUUACGAGGUGGUAGGGCGUUUGAUGAAGGACCCGAUCGGGUGGGUAGCACUGUCCGAGCCCUAGCCCUCCGAUACAGGCUUGUGUUGGUGAGCAUUGGGAUUCGGUUGCAUGCGCAUCAUGGACAAGGACAUAUUAACCAUGAUUCAUACAUCAAGGACCGCCCGUCUCAGUCCUAAGUAAAGAGCGAAUAGCUCGUUUUGUAAGAUCAAUCCAAUAUGACUCUCAUAUUGUGACGGUAUGAUAACUCAGGAGAAUGUAAACAUCUAAUCGACUUAGAGUAAAAAUGUAAUAAUUUUUACAAGGUCAAUAGGAAGUGAGUAUGUAGGAGGCCUCUGUGAGUCCAGACGGUCUAAAAGAGUUUUUAACAACUUAUGAAGUAGGAACGUUGACUCGUAAAUUUUUCGAUGGCUUCUUCAAUAUUUGUGCAGUCUUAAUAUUACUUGUAUUCAUCCAGUACUAGUAGUUGUAAGGUGUUAGAUUUAAAAAAGAAAAAAAAACUGUAGUUUUUAUAAACUGUCAUUUUUUUGCAUUCUGUGUAAAUAAUUAUCGUUUUCGGUACUUUAUACAAACGUAUUUUGUAAAACGAUGGAUUUAUACAGUUUUUAUUCUAUAUAAGUCAUUUUUAUUAUUAUAAUUUACGGUUUUCAUUACCUAGUAAUCAUGUUUCUCAUUUUAACUAUAUUGAUUUUAUAUUUUUUGUGUCUGAUUGAGCGUCUGUUACAUCGAAGAGUAUAUUGUAAUCGUUUUCGAGAGAUACUGAUCAUGAAAAUGAUAUAAAGAGCAUUGUAAUGAAACGCCCGUGUUCGCUGGGCUUGGGAGACGGAUCGGCGCUUCAAUCAGAUAUUCGUAAGGUUUUUCAUUUGUGUUUUUUAUAAUGUCUUUUUUAGUUUUUUUUAAUAUAAAUACUUAUCUUAAUGUAACCACAUUCAUUAAUCCAUGUAAAGAACCUGUGCAAGAGAACGACCCGUGAAUGAACACAGUACAUAUGAAAUACUUAUCAGUGUGUGUGUGUCUUUUUAACAUCGAUUCAAUUUAAGAACGUAAUCACAUUAAAAAAAAAGAAGAAAAAAAACAUCCUUGCCGAAUUUUUCGUCACCGAAAAACAUCGCGACAAGAGAAGCUUUGCACGCUCGAGAAGUUAAUUGGAGAUCAUUUUUUUCGAAAUAGUAUUUCGUCUAAGAGCAGCAUCGAACAGAUUCAAAGUUAGAGAUUACAUCGAACGCUUCAUCGAGUCUUAACAAAGUUUUGAAAGCACAAUACACCGAUAGUGUUUGGUUACGGCGUAAAUAUUGGCAAAGCGCAUUUCGAUUGAGGCAGGGUCGUUCGCUAGCGCAGUUCGUUUGUAAUCUUUAUAGUGUAAGCUGUUUAUGGAUAUGCACAAUAUUGUAUCGGUAUUGCAUUAAUCAAACUAAUACUGCUUUCAUAUGAUAGGGCGAUAGGGACUGUCAAGGAUUCGGAAUGGAGUCGUUUGGACAUGGAAGGCAUAACGGCGCGUCUAUGAAAGCAGUUUAAAUGUCUAUUCAGUAAAUAAAUGUAUGUUGUAGACUAUUACUAUAUAAUCGAGUGUCAGCUACCAGCACUCAGGCAAGUUAAACUGAGCGAACAAUAAAAAUAUACGUAUAAAUUGAGAUUGUAUAAAAACAUCUUGAAUGUCUGCGGGCUCUCGUUUAACUGAAUUUUGUAAUGAUUGCAAUAAAAUUGUCUCCGAAAGGAAUAAAGAAUGAUAAUUAAAAACAAAAGGAUAAUGUGAUCAAAGGAAUCUUAUAAAGUUUGAUUUAAAAAAUAAAAAAAGAUAAAAGGUAAAUUUUACUAAAGCGUUUCUGGAGAGUGCUGGAGCUAUUUAUUAUUAGUAAUUACAUAUUUAACUUUGUCGUAAACUCUGAAAUUGCAUGUGGUAAUAUUAAUCUUUCGGUGUCAACAUUCAUGUUUAUAAAUGUUUUUGCGUAUCAACCAAAAAAAAUAAUAAAAAAACCAAUGAAAAUGUAAAAUAAA